UGACAUUCUAUUCAAUAGUUGUACGAGGAAAUUAUCCACAUCCACAGCGCUAGACAUGGGCAGUUUGUCUGGAUUAGUAACUGACCGUUAGAUACUAAAUGUACUGUGACUGCUAAUUUUAAUAUGUAAGUUUAUUACGUUGGUUUUUAUGUAAUUUGAUAAUAUCGAAAGCACGUCCCUGAUUAGCUAUGUAGCUAGGUAAGAUUGACUUUUUUAUCAGUCGGCAUUUGGGACGCGUCAGUGAUAACUAACGAACUGUCGAGGAAAAAAAAUAUUUAUCAACGUGUCGACAUAUUCGUUGAAACAGUCAAACAGAUUUCUAGAGCAAAGCUGCGGUGACAGCUCGAAGCGAAUUUAUUCAGAGCACUUUAUGAAGUUGUGAGGCUUAUCCAGAGGCAGGAUUCACUAUGACAGAGCGGACACCGCUUCUCCACUACCGCCUCUCCACCAGCGUCAAUGAAUCCGAUCAGCGGUCACCUCCGGUCGGGCAGGCCCCGGAGCAGCACCCGGGCAGCCCCAGGCAGAGGUCUGCCCACCAGCGGCAACCAAAGAAACUAUCCACCUUCUUCGGUGUGGUGAUCCCUACUUUGCUGUCGAUGUUCAGCGUGGUAGUCUUUCUCAGAAUAGGAUUUGUGGUGGGCCAGUCUGGACUGUACCAAGCUAUUGCCAUGUUUCUGGUGGCCUACUUCAUCAUCUGUAUGACUGUGCUAUCAGUCUGUGCCAUCUCCACCAAUGGAGCCCUGGAUGCUGGGGGAGCCUAUUACAUGAUCAGCCGAGCGCUAGGUCCAGAGUUUGGUGGCAGCAUUGGCAUCAUGUUUUUCUUUGCUAAUGUGUGCGGCAGUGCUCUGUAUGUGCUGGGUCUGGUUGAGGCCAUUGUGGCCACCUUCGGAGUGGCAGAGGAUGGGACUGUGGGUUCUCCUCACCAGGUCCUGCCCUCAGGCUAUUGGUGGUCUCUGCUUUAUGCCACUGCCAUCGCCCUGCUUUGCCUCCUGGUGUGCCUGGUGGGAGCCCACAUCUACGCCAAGGCCACUUUCAUCAUUUUUCUGUUGGUCAUGUUUGUCCUGUGCACCAUCUUCAUCAGUUUCUUUGCCGUAAGGCCUCGGACCAUCAUUCUGCCAAGCUCUUCCACACCCAACCCAAAUGGAACAGGCCCAGGAUUUCCCACAUCAGCCAACUUUACUGGCUUCAAGUUGGACACGCUGCUCGGGAACUUGGGGGCUGACUACACUGUGGAUUACACAACAGGAACUAUGAUGACCUUUGCCACUGUUUUUGCUGUGAUGUUUAAUGGCUGCACUGGCAUCAUGGCUGGUUCUAACAUGUCAGGUGACUUGAAAAAUCCCAGCUAUUCUAUCCCCCGCGGCACUAUAACAGCUGUCAUCUUCACCUUCAUCAUCUACAACUUGCUCAGUGUGCUGGUGGCGUGCUCCUGUGACCGUGUCCUGCUUCAGAGGGAUUACAGUUUCCUGAGGGACAUUAACAUCUGGAAACCAUUCGUCACCAUCGGAGUUUAUUCCUCCACGCUCUCUGCUGCCAUGAGCAACCUCAUUGGAGCCUCACGCAUCCUCUACGCCCUGGCUAGGGACGACUUGUUUGGUAAGGUGCUGUCUCCGGCUAAGAAGACGUCCCACAGUGGUAAUCCCUGGGUCUCUGUGCUCAUCUCCUGGUUCCUUGUGCAGCUGGUGCUGUUUUCUGGAAAGCUCAACACCAUCGCCAGCAUUGUGACCAUUUUCUUCCUGUUGGUGUAUGCUGCUGUGGACUUGGCCUGCCUUGCUUUGGAGUGGGCCUCUGCACCUAAUUUUAGGCCCACCUUUCGCUACUUCACCUGGCAUACGUGUGUGUUGGGCAUCGUGGGUUGUGCCGUCAUGAUGUUCCUGAUCAACGCCAUCUAUGCCUCAGCCAGUAUUGCCUUCAUGCUGCUGCUGCUUCUGCUGAUUCACUACCUCAGUCCCACCUCCAGCUGGGGCUAUAUCAGCCAGGCUCUCAUUUUCCACCAGGUGCGUAAGUACCUGCUGAUGCUGGACGUGAGGAAGGACCAUGUCAAGUUCUGGCGGCCUCAGGUCCUGCUGAUGGUUUCAAACCCUCGCAGCAGUGUGGGCCUUAUCACCUUCAUCAACGACAUCAAGAAGAGUGGCCUUUACGUGCUUGGACAUGUCCAACUGGGAGAUCUCAACACUUUACCAUCAGAUCCUCUGCAGUCUCAGUAUGACUCCUGGCUAUCCCUGGUUGACCAUCUAAACAUCAAGGCCUUUGUCAACCUGACUUUGGCUGAUUCUGUACGUCAUGGAGUCCAACAUUUGCUCUUCAUCUCUGGACUAGGUGGGAUGCGUCCCAACACCCUUGUCCUCGGUUUCUAUGAUGACUGUCUUCCAAAUGACAAGCUGGUUGAUCCAUCCCUGUCCACCAGUCAGUCCACAGAUCCCUCAGACCCUUCUCAGGAGCCUGAGCAACAACCUCCUCUCUUCCACUUUGCCUCCCUGCGGGGGUCCAGCGACAGACAGGAUUAUGGUGAAUUUGGUGACGGGAAGGUUCUUGGGCCCCAGGAGUAUGUCGCAAUCAUUGCUGAUGCCAUGAAGAUGCUUAAGAAUGUGGUGCUGGCUCGAUACUUCAACAACUUUGACCGAGCUCAGGUCCUCUCACCACCCUCCUCCUCCCCAGGGAAGGGUGCUGUGUAUGUUGACGUCUGGCCAGUCAACCUCCUGCGUCCAGACAGUUGUAGCUAUGUCGAUACCUGCUCUCUGUUCUUGCUACAGCUUGCAUGUAUCCUCAACAUGGUGAGAGCCUGGAGAAAAGCUACGCUCCGUCUCUUCUUGUGCGUGGAGGAAGGGCGAAGUGUGAGGGGCUCAGAGGAGAAGCUGGGUCAGCUGCUGAAGGAGUUGAGAAUUAAAGCUCGGAUCUACCCUGUGCCCUGGGACCAGCAGGUGGCGCUACACUGGCAGCGUCAAGGCAAGUGGGGAAAGAAGCCAUCACAAUCACCUGAUACCACUAAAGAAGAGAAGAAGCUGAGAACAGACGAGGAUGAAGAGAAUGAUGAUGAUUACGUUAAUAGCUUCCCGAGCAACACAAUGCGCCUUUCGGAUGACUACCUGUCAGCUGUCAAUAAGCUGAUCCUGGACCAGGCCCGACCACCACCUGCUGUGCGUUUCCUGUACCUGCCUCGCCCUCCAGCUGACACCCGGCGCUACGCCGCCUACUUACACCAGCUGGAGCUCCUGACUCAGGACCUGGGCCCCACGCUGCUUAUCCACGGUGUUACACCUGUUAUCACCACGGAUCUUUGAGAAAUCCCCUUCUUUACACAUUCAGUUAACUGUGCCUUAGAUGCUAAGGGUUCUGAGUUUUGCAGUGUCUCUACCUGCUGCUUAAGGUUCCUUGUGAAGGUGUUUGACCUCUUUUACAGUGUCACCACAGACCUCAGCACUGCCAUGGUGCUGAUCUCUCCAUACAAUGACAAGGGGAGACAGCCAUUGAAAUUUGACCCAGACUGAGAUGUCACUGCCGAGUCACAAAUAGCAUCUGCACUGCAUUUCACAAUAUGGACCCAAAAUCUCUAGACAUAUGGCCUAUUCUUAAAAUAUUUAAAAUGAGGACUGGAUUUUAUAUUGUAAAUCUUGGCCACUUGGGGAGCACAGAAUAUCCUGUCCAAAUAUUUAGUCUCUUCUCAAUUUUAUUUGUGUUCUCAACUUGUAAUUUUGGUAUCUCUAUCAAGCACCUGAAGGUACCAUAAUGUUAAAUUUCAAUGUCAUUAUGCCUUAUGAGAUGAAUGUAGAACCUGUGGAGCCAGUCACCAAAUCUAAACCAGUUGGAAAUAGUGCAUGAUGCUCUUUUUUUAUAUUAUAACCAAUGUUAUAAUAUUUACAAAUGUGUCCAUGGAAAAUUUCCACUCUGGUCUAAUCCUGUCACUCUAUGAACUAGUUCUUCAUUCCUACCUAUAACAGAGAGAACAGUCUAAUUCCUGUUCUAAGAACUCAAAGUAUCCUCUGACUCCCCCUGUCCCUUUCUUCAAAUGUUUGGUGUGCUGUUGCUUAAAUUCCUUAAAAUGACCAUUCCAUAUGCCUUCAGAUCAAAAAGUGCCUUGCUAGUUAGGGAGCCUCAAGUUUGGACUCAGUCCAUCACAGACAGAAAGUUGGACUGCUUUACACCUUGGAGCAGUUAUUUGCAGGAAAUCUGCUUUUCCAUUUUACAAUCUUGGAACAAAGGACACAGUUGAAUGGCAAAUCCGACAGUGCAAGUGAAGGUCUUAAAAGUUUUAUUCCAAAAAAUAAUUUUAUGUAAGAUCUCAGGAUGACAUUCCUUUUUUUUUCCAAAUGCACUUUUGUCCUUCCUCUGCCAAACUGCAUGUUGUGCAGCUUUCCAAAUUACUUUAAACAUGUUUACAGCAUCAGUUACUACUGUGAUUAUCCACAAUGUUUUAUAGAUUGUUUUUAUGUGUUUUAAGUGCUCUGUAACUUUUAGAAUUUUAACUCAUUAGAGAUCACAUAGCUUGACCAGCCUCAAUCCUGAAAUGCCUGAAUGAAUUUUAGUAUCGACUAUGCUCUGCAGCCUCAACCUUUACCCAGAGUAUUUGUAGUGCUCACAGUGAACCCAUGUAACUUUUGCUGAACUGUGGCCAUAAUGGUACAAUAUGGUACAAUACAUAUGGUUAAAUGUAUCAUACCAUUAACACAAGAAGAAACUGAAAAGUCUGAGGACUGACUUAGUAACAUCAGCUAUAAAGCAAUAUCUAUCUAUGGAAAGUAUGCUAACAUUAGCUAACAUUAGCCUUAAUAAGCUGCUGGUCAUACCAGCAGGAAAAACCCGACUGUACUCAUGUAAACAUUUCAUUUGUAAGAGUAAGAAUGUGAUAUUUCUUGUUAAAAGUUACGCAGGCUUACUUCAUAUCACUGCAUACUGUGGCAAAGAGUAUUUCCACGACAUCCAUGAUCCUUGAAAUGUUAGUCUCUAGAGUAACUACAAAUAAAACUGUUUCAGUUCAAUAGAUUCAUCCUGACAAUCUUCAUCACACUGACGUGUGUGGAGUCCAGAUCAGUUUUUGAAGAAUGCCUGGUACUCCAGACUGCUCUUGACAUUCUUUUGUUUGAAAUGGGAUAUAUGUUUACUUGUGGGCCAAUUGGAUCCAUCUUAUCUCCAUGGGUGGGUCCUUGUUUGGACACUACACUCCCCAGCAAACUAUUGACACUACAUUUCUUCAAAUCUUUGUCCUGGAUUUCUGUUUUUGAAAUCACAGAGGUACAAAAAGUAUUGCAGAACACACUCAGUUUAUUGAAGAAAUGAAAUGUUCAAUGUUGGAAUGACUGCAGAAAUCUAAGAUAUAUAUAUAUAUAUAUAUAUAUAUAUAUAUUUAAAUGUAUACUUUACCAGAUGCAAUCUGAAAUGACAGAAAAAAUAAAAAAAGAAUCGUUUGUA